AUGCCUAGCAAUGAAUAUUGCCUCCAUGCCGUCUCGGUCUCGUACAACUAUCUCACUUUCUCUGGAGAAGGACACGGCACAUAUUAUGGUCCAAAAUGUAUCAAUCCUUUAUGGACAAUCUCUACAUAUGCUUCUGGGAAAACAUUCUGCACGGAUGACGAGAUUGCUAUUGGCUUCGAGAAGAUCCGUAAAGAGUGUGAAAGUGACGGUCUUGCAUUCCUGGACUGGCAGCAAGUUGUUGCCAAUAUCACACACGACGACAUUGCGCAGAUGAGAGUUGUCGAAUUUGAAGAAGUGCCUGCUGGUACAAAUAUCACAAAUCCAGUCAGGCUUUCUAAGUCUUUCUUCGGACGAGUCGGCAAUACUCUUAUGACUUGGGAGUAUGAGAUGAAUUGGCAUCAUCAGUCCAGUGUCGCACUCUAUGGAUUUUGGGGUAUCGCCCUUGGGGUUUCAACAAUUGUACGUUUCCUCAAAUCUACCAACAUAUCAUUCCAUGCGCCCUAUGUACAAUCGAGCACAGCGACGCAAAUACUGCAAUCAGCAUGGAUGUGGGUUCGAGUAAACCUGAUAAUCCCACCAGCUUUCGGAUCACAUCACCAACGUCUACUAUACUGGUGCACUAUCCCAACAAGGAUGGAGAGUGCUGUUGUCCUAGCUUUCUAUCUCUUGACGACAUAUCUUUCUGUGUCUCACUAUCGUCUGAUAUCCAACAAUAUCUACUGGAAUGACAAGUCUCAACAACUCUGGCGAUACGUCGCUGAUCGUACAGGCAUCAUGGCUUACGCUACACUCCCGUUGAUCUGGAUUUUCGCUGGUAGAAAUAAUGUCUUCAUGUGGGCGACAGGUCUGUCAUAUCGAACAUUCAACAUUUAUCAUAGACACAUCGCUCGAGCUGGUACAAUACUAGCAAUCGUACAUUCAGCUGUAUACACCUGGCUGUUUGUCGAAUUUGAGGGAUGGAGUAUGUUUAAGAGAGAAUUCACACAGCUUUGGCUACUUCUUGGUGUAGUGGCGACACUCACUAUGUGUUUUCUUUUGUUAUUCUCAGCAUCAUGGCUUCGCGUCAAGUUCUACGAGAUCUUUCUAGUCCUUCAUAUUGUGCUCUCUGUGAUCACCCUAGCGGGAUGCUUCUUACACACUUCCAUUUUCGAUAACAAAUACGAUACAUAUCUCUGGCCAAUCGUAAUCGUAUGGUUUCUCGAUCGUGUACUUAGGCUACUGCGCCUUAUAGCUUGCAAUAUACAUGUACACUUGAGCAAGCAAGUCAUGCAUCGCACACGUUCAGUUGCUUCAUAUAGCAAAGAGUCUGAGGUGAUCAGACUUGACAUAAGAACUAGCUCAAUCCUGGCUCAACCUGCUGCUGGACAAUGUUAUUACCUCUAUCAACCUAGCACUUGGCAAGGCUAUGAGAACCAUCCUUUCACGCUUGGAGCCUGGUAUUCACAGUCUUCUGCAUCAGAGGAUACCGACACCUAUCUGCUUCAACAUGACGAUCUACCAAACGAGUUUGAUCAAUCCGAUUUCAGUUCGAAAUAUCAAGCUACUGUUCGAAGUCUGACCUUCUGGGUCCGUCCCUACGACGGUUGGACUAGACGACUGCGAGACGAGUGUCUCCUGGCACCCACACAAACCACUAAACCAACGAUUCUCCUAGAGGGCCCUUAUGGUCAUCACUGCCCUGUAUCAUCUUUCGACUCUGUGCUGCUGAUCGCUGGCGGUACCGGCAUUGCUUCAGCGGUACCGUAUAUUCUGGAACAUGUGGCACUGUCUAAAGCAGGCAGCUCGGAUACCACACACAUGCAUUUACUCUGGACAGCGCGGCAAGCAUCCUUUAUCGGAGAAGUCUUUGCGCAAGAACUCCGUACCGUAGCUCAAAGGGAUGAUUUCUCGGCUGAUCUGUUUUUCACACGACAAAGUGAAACACCCAAGCAUGGAGAAGAACAACCCAGAGGCGAAGAACAUGAAAACUUGAGGUCAGAACUGCAGUACGGACGACCAGAUAUUGCAGCUGCUAUCGCCAAAGCUGCGACUAGAGCGAGGCUGACAGGGACGAAGGUGGCUGUAUUGGUCUGCGGUCCACCUGCUAUGGCUGAUGAAGCAAGACUCGCUGUCCAUCGUUCACUGAAACACGGCUGCAGCAAUCUCGAAUAUUUUGAAGAAUCUUUCGGCUGGUAG